UAUAUACACACAAAUACAAUGUACAGGUACAGCAUGUCUCUGGUCUUGAUGGCCACCAUCACAUUGAUGUUGGCAACAUCAGUGUCGGCACACAACACAGCCAACUGCACCAAUGUCAAUGGCGAUAACUUCUUCAAUCGUUGUUUCAAGAACAACGAGGGCGUCCUACCAUUGUUGGCGAACUUUAUCAUGCAGUUUGUCAACCCCAGGACCGUGGCCAUCACCGUCUCAUCAAUGCUCUUUGUACUUCCAGCAAUGAUGCUACUUGGCACCACUCCAUCAUCCUAUCCAACAAUCAAGAACAAGUUCCUGUCGCUCAGAGUCGACAUUGUGCAUAUGUUGCAUCGUGCUGCCUACCCAUUGGUACUUGGUGUCGGACUCUAUGCUAUCUUCAGACAGAGAAGACCAUGCAUUUGUGAUGGCGCUCACAUUGGAAGUUACUAUGGAAUGCCCAGUGGUGAUGCGAUGGCUGGUGGAAUCCUUGGCGCACUCUUGAUCGACAAAGCACCAUUCUAUCCUAUGUUCUCCCGUAUUACAGGUGUCUUGUUGAUGGUCUGUGUAUGCUUUGAGCGUACUAUACUUGGAUAUCACAGUGUUGGACAGGUAGUCACUGGAACGACCAUUGGCUUCUUCCUCCACUUCUACUCGACCCGUGUUCCACAAUGGGUCCUCUUCAUUGACAUCAUCGCUCAGUGGAUCCUGGCAACAGUUGCACUCCAAGUUGAUCCAGCUCUGGUCUAUCAACAAAACGAUCCAAACAACCUCUUUGUAUGGUUCAUUUGGGGACUCUCAUUCCAGGUGUUGGUACUAUUCUACCUUGCAAUGAUUGGACGAUCACCAUUUGGAGGUUAUGGUCUUCUGAAGAAGAGCUAUCAUUCACUGGCCAACCCAGAUCUUAACAUCCAAUCAGAGGAUGAUGACCAAAUGUUGUCAUUCUCCAUCAAGCCUACGAGUGACUUCCAAGAGUCAAAGGAGAGAUUCAACAAGCGCAUCAAGGAGGACUCUGGCGUUAUCUUCUCCGUCGUGGCUUACAUUGUAUUCUUUGCGGUCAACUUCCUGUCUUUCUGUUUCCAGAAUUGGAACUGGUUGGUCAAGGUGUCUACAUCAGCAAAUGGUGGCACUCCAAUG